AUGGCGCGGCUCACAGAAAUUCAGCGUCUCGCCGGCCAUUGUGUAAUCAUACCCUCACUCCUCGACUUUGCUACCUUUGACGGACUAGCAAUAAGGCUUCACCUGUACGGGGGCGCUGACGUAAGAUGGACAGAGAACCACACUUCCGGGACAGGAAAGAACCGGAAGACGGUGACGAAGAUCUAUUCCGUCACCGAGACCUACAUCAACUAUGUAUUCGUGCUGUUUGGAAAAGAGCCACACAUAGAAGGAGACAACCAUUCUCUACCUGCAGGCCGCUACACAUACCCCUUUCAGUACCAGCUCCCAGUUGGCAUCCCCUCCUCGUUUGAGGGUACGGUAGGGAGGGUGCGGUACUGGCUCAGUGGAACCAUUGACAAGCCAUGGAAGUUCGACCACACAACGAAGAAAGCCUUUACAGUGAUUAAUCCACUGGAUCUCAACACCGAGCCUGGGAGUAUGGAUGGAAUACGAGGUGAAGGUCAGAAGACGCUGUGUUGCCUCUGCUGCAAAUCUGGACCAAUCAGCUGCACGUUCCAGAUUGACCGCUGCGGUUAUGUACCCGGGGAAACCAUUCCUAUCAAAGGCGAGAUCAUCAAUCACAGCAAUCGGAGAAUGAAGAGGUCAUAUGCGCAAUUAUACAUGGUCAGUAAAGGCGACAAUCCUGGGGCACAAAACAUUAAGGUGAGGUACUACCACGCAACACGGAAGUCGAGAAGUGACGUCCAGAAAAUAGCGGAAAUCUCGCGUGGUGAAAUCCUCCCUGGUGACACCGAUAUCUGGGACGGAGACCCGCUUUUAAUACCGCCAGUGCCGCCUUCCAAGUUACCUGGGUGCAGAAUAAUAGCCCUAGAGUACUUCAUAAAGGUAGACGUAUUGUUAAUCAGUGGUCACCAGUGAAACAUUUUCGCCUGGAAAAAAGUA